GGUGGCGACGUGGAAAACAUGGAGGACAGGGGUAUGUAGAGUAAACUUAAUUGUCUCAAAUUCCCUAGAAUUGUAGGUAUUUGCCAGUGUAACGUUCGCCCGAUAAACAAACCGGAUUAAAGUAGAAAUAUCCGUAAAGCAAACAGUCGCCCUUUAACGACCCUGGGAGUCGAGAGAGCCGCGGAAACUGCGAGAAGCAUUUAUGACAGGAUUUGGCAUAUGCCUGUUGAAAAAGCAGUGAAGAGCGGUGAGUCUGGCUGAGUGGAGCCAGUAGAGAUGGGUGCCAACACCAGCCAGGUCAGUGACCUUUCCGAUAACCCCAGCCUCAAGGCCUUGGUUGGCACGGAGUCCAUAUCAGAGAACGACCCUUUCUGGAACCAGCUCAUCUCCUUCACCUUCAUCAGUCCCACCAGCAGUGGAGAAUCCAAGUUGCUGGAAGAGGCUGUGAUCCCCCUGGCCAAGAUCCUGAUUGAAAACAAUCCCAGAACGGGAAACUUUGGCGCUCUUGUGAGAAUUUUCCUGGGAAGAACCAAAGAGCUGAAAAUCUCUACAGAAUGCCAAGAUCAGCUGUUUAUCUGGCAGGCCCACAACGCACUGUUCAUGAUUCGCUGCCUGCUCAAGGUGUUCAUCAGGGAGAUGAGCGAAGAAGAGCUGCACCUACAGUUCUCCUACCAGGAGAGGGCACCAGGCUCCUGUGGAGAAACAGGCAGCCAGGAUCUCCUUGAGGAGCUGUUAUCCAACCUUGUUCACCUGAUCGUUGAAGUGCCCUUGCUUGACAUCACCUACAGCAUCCUGUUUGAAGCGGUGACCACGCUGCUGGUAUUCUUCUCCUAUCAGCUCUUCCACAAAGACAUCCUCCGAGAUGGAUUAAUCUACCAGCACAUUAUGAAGGGACGAUGUUUAUGUCUAACCAGUCGACUGGUGAAGACCCUGCUCUAUAACUUCAUCAGGCAAGAGAAAUGUCCACCUCCAGCUACCCACAUAUUUGAGCCGAAAGAUGAGGGAGGCCUGCUUUAUGGCCUGGCAUCUGGGGUGGCAAGUGGGCUGUGGAGCGUCUUCACCUUGGGUGGAGCUGGCAGCAAAGUCGGGAUAGACCAGGAGCACAACCCUUUACCUUUGUCUAACCAGAGCCUUCUGUUACUGCUGGUCCUAGCCAAUCUGACAGAUGGACCGGACUGGCCAAACCCUUACCGCCAGGCUAUUACUUGUUUCAGAAACACGCAAGACACAUCGUCGCUGUCCGCGGAGCAACCUCACACGUUUCAGAUCAAUUUCAACAGUCUGUACACAGCGCUGUGUGAGCAGCAGCGUUCUGACCAGGCCACACUACUACUGUACACCCUCCUCCACCAGAAUGCCAACAUGAGGACCUAUAUGCUCUCCAGGACUGACAUGGACAAUUUGGUGUUGCCCAUCCUCGAGAUCCUUUACCACGUGGAGGACAGAAAUUCUCAUCAUGUCUACAUGGCCCUCAUUAUUCUGCUCAUCCUUACAGAGGACGAUGCCUUCAAUCGCUCAAUCCACGAGGUGAUAUUGAAGAACAUCUCAUGGUACACAGAGAGGUCAUUGACUGAGAUCUCACUUGGUAGUUUGCUCAUCCUGGUGGUCAUCCGCACCAUCCAAUUCAACAUGACCCGAACAAGGGAUAAGUACCUCCACACCAACUGUCUGGCUGCACUUGCCAACAUGUCAGCCCAGUUUCGUUGUCUCCACCAGUACGCUGCCCAGCGCAUCAUCAGUUUAUUUGCUUUGCUUUCCAAAAAGCACAACAAGGUUUUGGAGCAGGCAACACAGUCUCUAAGAGGCAGACAGGGAGACAACACAGCCCUGCCCGACUAUGCCCAGGACCUGAAUGUGAUUGAGGAGGUGAUCCGCAUGAUGCUGGAAAUUAUCAACUCUUGCUUGUCCAACUCUCUACACCACAACCCCAACCUGGUGUACGCACUGCUCUACAAGAGGGAGCUCUUUGAGCAGUUCCGGACACACCCAUCCUUCCAGGACAUCAUGCAGAACCUGGACACGGUGAUCGGUUUCUUCAGUCAGCGUCUGGAGCAGGCUGGAAGUGACCUGUCAGUUGAGCGGGUUCAGGAGGUCAUCAUGAAAGGAGCCCAGGCCCUGCCCACAGACAGACUGAAGAAGUUCCCGGAACUCAAGUUUAAGUAUGUGGAGGAAGACCAGCCGGAGGAUUUCUUCAUCCCCUACGUCUGGUCGCUGGUGUUCAACUCUGGAGUCGGUCUCCACUGGAGCCCGCAUGGCAUCGAGCUGUUCAGCAUGGACUCUGGCUGAAGCACCUGCUUGCAGCCAACUGUGUGUGUCUUCAUCCCCGUUCAUUAUAGGGAGAAACAAAAAAACAGACUGACGGCAUGUGUGUGUUUGGGUGGGUGGGUGUGUGCGCAGUGCCCUUUAUAGUAUGUGCACGCUGCUUUGAAAGUGCCUCAACCUUGUACAGAAUGGUGUUUUCUUUUUUUCUUUGUUUUUUUUUAAUGCAGCACAGCCUUUUUUUCCCCCUCAUAUCGUAAUAAUUCCUCUGCUUCUACACUGUGAAGCUGCAUCUGUAACAGUUCACACAGUAGCACCCACUCAUGUACAGUCAGCCCUGUAGGGAAUACCUAUUUAACAUUUGAGCAGCUUCACCUGGUUCCAUUGCACAUGCCAAGUUACAUCUCUUAUGAAAAGAAUUUUGUUCAGAGCUCAGGAAACUGGCGAUGGAUAAUCCUACGUUUUUUUUCUUGCUUAUAAAGAAAAGGUCAAUUAAAAAAAGAUGCGCCUAAGUGUUACACAUGCUGGGGUGAACGUUCAUUUACAGCUGCGUUGAAUGCUAAGGAGUACCAACUUAUUAUUCGAGACACUCAUGUCUUGGAAGACACAACAUACAUUUUAUUUCAACUUAGAUGAUGUUAUUUUUAAGUAUCAUUAUCUCAUACAUUUUAUUUUGACCGACAUUGUUCUCUUAAUACAAUGGGUUUGUAUAAAAGGUUCGUGUUUGUGAAAUAAACUUUAAAAAAAAGAAGGUCAGAGAAAGAGCACCAACAGAACUGUUUAGUUUUAACGUGCUGGGUUUUCAGAUUUGAGUCGACCAGUGUUGCUUGGUGGCCUCCUCCAAUAACCCACAUUGAAUUACAGUUUAAUUAAUGCUUAAUUUUGGUCCCUGGAUAAUAUUAGCAGUCCACAUCAGUCUGAUUCAUGUGAUUUCAUUGUUGCUUCCAGCCCAUUUAUUUGACUUUACCCUGUCUUUGUCAUUUCCAUUUUAUUCCUGAUGGUAACCCAAGGCAAGUACUUAAACUAGGACACUGACUAGGAAGUCAUUAAACCUCCUGUACUAUUGUGCAUAAUUACAGUUGUCUCUUUGAUUUGUCACUUAUUUUGCAUGUUUAACUAGAGACUUUGUAUUAAAUUAUUUAUUUUCAUGUAUAUUGUUUUUUUUUUUAUAUAUUCAGCCCCUGAAAAAAAUGUAAAAGGUAGUAGUACUGAAAUUACUACUACUAAUGAAAUAAAAACGGUGGAACUAUACUUUGUUUCUUCCCAGGUGGGAAACUGGCUUUAUAUUAUUACAUAUAAUAUGACAACAGCUGUCAUUUUGUGGCGAAUAUUACUUUGAAAAUAGGAGUUUAAAUAAAAAUGUUAAAUCAAA